CAAGAGGAGUAGGGUAUCUUCCCAACAGAGGACCGCUAAGAAGAGGUCAAAGGGAAAUUGCGUGAAAAAGAGAAACCUUUGUUACUUGAGAAGGCAAGAGAGUAGGAAAGGAAAGGGGAAGCAGUGAAGAAAGGGACGGAGAUAUUGGUAUUUUGAGAAAAAAGUUGAGUAGUUUUGAGGAGUCAUUUGGUGGCCAUGGAUUCAACAUGCUCUUCUGAGAGCAUUUAUAACCUCAUACCCAGUGACUGGAAGGAGCCUCCCCAGCCUCCUAGGUAUAUAUCAAUUUUUAAGACAGCUAUAAAGGAGGACAUGCAAAAAUCUAAAACUGCAAUGAAAACUAUGGGACCACCAAAAGUUGAAGUUCCUUCUCCAAAGGAUUUCCUGAAGAAACAUUCAAAGGAAAAAACUCUACCACCCAAAAAAAAGUUUGAUCGGACUGAGCCCAAAAAGCCUCCUGUGCCAUUGAGGACUGAUCACCCAGUCAUGGGAGUACAGAGUGAAAAAAAUUUUGUCAGUUCAAAUGCAGCAGAUGUCAUUAUGGGAGUGGCUAAAAAGCCUAAGCCAAUUUAUGUUGACAAAAGAACUGGAGACAAGCAUGAUCUUGAAACUUCUGGACUAGUUCCAAAGUACAUCAAUAAAAAGGAUUAUGGUGUCACGCCUGAAUAUAUAUGUAAGCGAAAUGAGGAAAUAAAAAAUGCCCAGGAAGAAUAUGAUAACUACAUCCAGGAAAACCUCAGGAAAGCAGCUAUGAAAAGGCUCUCUGAUGAAGAAAGGGAAGCGGUGCUGGAGGGGCUGAAAAAGAACUGGGAAGAGGUGCAUAAGGAGUUCCAGUCCCUCUCGGUCUUUGAUUCCAUGCCAAAGAAAACCCGCAAGCAGAAGCUGGAAGAAAAAAUGAAGCAACUGGAACAUGACAUUGGUGUUAUAGAAAAGCACAAAAUUAUUUAUAUUGCCAAUAAAUAA